GAGGGCUCGGACAUGGAGAGAAUCAGCACUGGCCCGUUUGAUAGAGAUUGGUCGUUUUUUUUUUAUUUAUAAGCCAAAAAAAAACUUAAAAAAAAAACAAUAACCGAGAGGCCUUAGAAAGAAGACAAAUAACAACAAGAAGAAAAAACAACAACAAGAAGCAAACAACGCUCACCCCAGGCACAAAAAUCAAAGUGGAUCAAAUGGACUGAAUGAAGACUGCCUACAACGCCUAUCGAUGCCUGGCCAAGGAUCUGGACGCUUACGCCAUGAACCCGGAGAUGACAAUGGACAGCAUUGGCAAUCUGCACGGCGGCGGCGGGAUAAGCCAUGAGCAGGAUCUGAUGGGCAGCCCCAGCCCCCACCACAGCCGCGGCGGCGCGGGGGCCUCGUCCUUGCGGAUACACCAGGACCUGGCUUCGGCGUCGUCGCGCCCGAUGGUGUCCGGCAUGGCCACGAUCCUGGACGGCGCGGGCGAGUACCGACCGGAGCUUUCGCUGCCUCUCCAUCACGCCAUGAGCAUGCCGUGCGACACGUCCCCUCCCGGGAUGGGCAUGAGCGGCACCUACACCACGCUGACCCCCUUGCAACCGCUACCCCCCAUUUCCACGGUCUCGGACAAGUUCCACCACCCACACCACCAUCACCACCACCACCACCACCACCAGCGCUUGUCCGGGAACGUGAGCGGCAGCUUCACGCUCAUGCGGGACGAGAGGGCUCUGCCGGCCAUGAACAACCUCUACAGCCCCUAUCAUAAGGACAUGGCCGGGAUGGGGCAGAGCUUGUCUCCGCUGGGCAGCAGCCCGCUGGGCAACGGCUUGGGCUCCAUCCACAACGCCCAGCAGGGCCUGCACAACUACGGCGCGCAUGGCCAUGACAAGAUGCUGGGCUCCAACUUCGACCCCCACACCGCCAUGCUGGCCAGGGGGGAGCAGCACCUCGCGCGAGGCCUCGGCGGCCCCGGCGCGGCGGGCAUGAUGCCCCACCUGAACGGGAUGCACCACCACGCAGGGCACCCGGGCCACCCUCCAUCGCACGGGCCUGUGUUGGCCUCCAGUCGGGACAGGCCACCCUCCUCCUCCUCGGGCGCGCAGGGCAGCGGCUCAGGCCAGCUGGAAGAGAUCAACACCAAGGAAGUGGCGCAGCGCAUCACGGCCGAACUCAAGCGCUACAGCAUCCCGCAGGCCAUCUUCGCGCAGAGGGUGCUGUGCCGCUCGCAGGGCACCCUCUCCGACCUGCUGCGCAACCCCAAGCCGUGGAGUAAGCUCAAAUCCGGGAGGGAGACCUUCAGGAGGAUGUGGAAGUGGCUGCAGGAGCCCGAGUUUCAGAGGAUGUCCGCGCUACGGCUGGCAGCAUGCAAAAGAAAAGAGCAAGACUCCAGCAAGGAAAGGAGCAAUACACCAAAGAAAUCCCGCCUGGUUUUUACUGACCUCCAGCGGCGAACACUACUGGCCAUCUUCAAAGAGAACAAGCGCCCAUCCAAAGAGAUGCAGCUGACCAUUUCACAGCAGCUGGGACUGGAACUGAGCACUGUUAGCAACUUCUUCAUGAAUGCCCGCAGACGGAGCCUGGACAAAUGGGUGGACGAGAGCAGUCCCGGAGGAGCCUCGUCCACCUCCAGCACUUGUACCAAAGCCUGAUUCUGGA